GGAAAGUGGUGGCAACAAAUGUCAAAGUCACACCUCCGAGGGUGAACACAGAGUGCCUCCUCGACAUAAUGCGCAAAGAGAGAUACAUGGUCCGCAUGUUCGACUAUGUCGUGUUCCGCACCGAGGGAAGGGCAGAAUGGAACGACAACUUCUUCAUGUCGUACAAGGACCUGGAAGAGAGGUAUGCGCCGAAUGGGCUCGCAACUGAAUGGGAGAAGGAACGAGAGAAGCUUCAUCGCAACAAAGUGAAGACGGUCCCUUGUCGACUUGGAGAAGUGGAGGAGGCAAGGCAAGGUGCGGGCUUGGGGCCUAUGAAAGUAAUGUACAAGGAGGCUCCGUUUCACUUCAAAGUGUUCAUAUACACCGCCAUCGAUAAGCUCGAUUUGCUUCGAGCGGAGGAGAAACGGAUCGCCUCCAGUGCACGUCAUCUUGUGUGGGACAAACUGGGCAGACAGACCACAUUGCUUCCUAUGUGCAUGCGGUCAAAGGAGGUUAUGGCAGCGCCCAACGACAUCGUCACCUCUACGCAAAAAAUGGCAAGUAGGGCCGCCAUCGUGAACAUCUCGGCCGCAAAUUUCAGCAGUGCAUGGACCUCGCAGGACUUCGAUGCAUUGUACACAAUGAUGACGAAGUGUUGUGGUCAGAAUUGGGUCCUCAUCUUCUUUGCACCGCAGGAGGUGCAAAGGGAUGUCUUGCGUCACUUGUUCCGUUGGGAGGACGUCGAACUCAUCCCUGGGUCCUGGAAACGGGUGGACAGGCCAUCGAGUGACGUCACAAGGUACAGCAACAUUGCUACGUCGAGCCGGGACUUGAUGACCAUCGUAAUGCACGCUAAGGGAGAGGACCUAAAAAAAGUAAUUGUCGCACCCCGACUUCUCAAUGAUCUCACAGAAGUGCAUGUUGUGGACGAUAAGUUCGGGAGGUGUCAAGGAAAACACGGUGGCGUCGAAGGCAAUGAAAGUGCUGCGCAUUCGAUUUGGGAGCGAGAACCCGGCAAGUUGCGAAAGUUGUGCAGUUCAUUCGUCGGAGAAGCGGAAGGUGUCAUUUUGCUGGGUAGGGCGCACGCGGGUCUUGUGUGGGAGUUCAUGCUUGCAGGUAAUAAUGUCAUUGCCUGUGACGAGUCGGCCAAGGACAUUUCAUACUUAACAAAGUUCAUUGACAUACUUGUCAAGAAUGACAGAUUCGACUGUCGACUCGAGAAGCCGCGUUCCACACAUCGCAACAAUAGGGACAUGUACCACCAGUUGGGACCGAAGAGAAUGAAGACGUCAGUUGCUCGAUACGAGAUAUUGAAGUUCAAGGACUAUGCAGAUCAACUGACGUUCAAGGACUAUGCAGACCUCACCAAAUCGGGUGAAGGGUUUAACCCCGUCGACAGCGAGGAAGACUCAUCGGACUCCGCACUCGAGAUUGAAAACGACACCUAUGCACCCGGGUGGCGUGGGCAGUCCGCUGCCAUGGAGCGCGACGGCAGUAAAUAUGGAUCGGGUCGAUCAGAGGGAUGCUCGAACCCGCCACCCGCGAACAGUGUUGCCUCAAAGGUGGACCGGGUUGAGAGUACGCCUAUCGAAAACGGCGAAGACGAUGAGAUUGAUAUUCCUGAUGAGGCAACGAAGGUAGCGCCAGGCGAUCCGAUUCCUCCCAACUUUUGUGCGGACCCAAACAAUAUGUGUUUCUUGGAUAACAAAUACGCCCGUACUAGUGAGGACAAGUGGGGCCAUGAUAUUAUUUGGCAUGACGACAUUUUUGAGCCAUGCAUCCAAGGUGGGGAGUGGAAGAUGGCGGUGAAGUAUAUAUCCGGUUGGAGACCGUUUGCCCGAUUGGGAAAGGACAAUUGGCUGAAAACGACGGAGGCCGCAAUUUUAUGCCACGUGCGGAAAGAGAACCUCGGGGAGAGCGAAACCUCAAUCAAAACAAAGGCGAAACAAUUGUUCAAUGCCUUGCGAGCCACUCAACAGUUGGAGUAUACACACAAGUUUUACGCGCUGCAUACGAGCCCCUCGCGCGGAUCAAUCGACUGGAAGGUCGACCGCACCACCGAUUUGAGGACGACCGAGAGCAUGGAGGUGGACUCCCAAGAAGAUGUUGUCCCUGUGUCCAAGGCGGCCACAGGGAACACAAAGGGUGAACAAAGGGAAGAUGUCGGGACCACGUCAGGCAUGAAGGCUCCAUUGCCUGAGGUGGGGAACACGUCCGCAGGCGAAAAGUCCAUCAUAGCCAUCUCAGUCGCCACGGGGGAUACAUCAAAAGGUGAACAUGUGUCACUCGAGAAGCCGUCCGAAGCGGGCACCACAUACGGGAGUCUCCUUGCGACAGGUGCAGCAAUGGAAGGCAAAUUAGAGAUGGAGUCGGAGCCCGCUGUUGGGAUGGGCAUCACAAGAAUGUCGUUACAUCCUCCCUCAUGCACUAGCAAAGGUGAUACACACUGUACAACAACACCACAGGGAGGGGCCACAGGGGAUGACGGGAAUGGGGGGAAUGCAGAGGGGUCUCAACGUUCUCGCAAUCUUGAGGACAUGACCACGGAGGACGAGGAUAGGGCAGAAGGCGGAAAGGGUGUGAUCGAUUCCACACGUGUGGAAAAUGAGGGGUGAGACAGGGAAUGAACUCGAGGGGAUUCCUCUUCGCGGAAAAUUUAGAGUUUUAAUUUUUUUCUCAUUUGUUUUAAAUCUAGGUUUGUGGGUGGAAUUUAUUCUGAUAUACAAUUGGGUUGUUUACUCAUUUGUUUUAAAUCUAAGUGAUUGGUAUUUGGCCGUUCCAUUGUUUACACGAUAAAUGUGCGGUGAGCAG